AGAUGGAGCAGAGCCAAGAAUGGCAACCAGCGAGGCAUGGCAUAAAAGGCCCGGUCGGUGAGCCGGGGCCUCAUCACUCCCGGCCGGCCACCCUCGCGAUCGCAUCAUCACAUAACCCCCGGCGGGCAGUCGAUCGGUCACCGGCCGCCGGCCGCACCCUCCUCUCCUUUCCAACUCCACGUUGGCAAGAGAGGAGGGCGUUGAAUCGCCGGUCGAGCCAACCCAACCAAUGGCCAUGGCGCGACACCCCGCGCUCCUCGCGCCGCUACUGCUCCUCCUCGUUGUCUCCCACCUCCCUUCCUCCGCCCCCGCCACCACCGGCCCCACGGGCAACCUGCUCGCCAAAGCGGACGACAACGCCACCUCCUCCUCGUCACCGUUAACGCUUGCACCAUCUGUCCGCCGCGACGACGAAAAGACCAAAAAUGCCGCAUCAAAAGAGGACAAGGAGGAGGACGAUGAUGACGACAAGGGCGACGACCGCGAGAAGAAGGACAAGGAGGAGAAGGAGAAAGAGAAAGAGGAGGAGGAGAAGAAGAAGGAGAAAGAGGAGGAGAAUGGUCUGGUGUCGUUCACCAACGGCACGGGGUCGUACAAAGGCAUGGCCCGCGAGUUCGUGAACGGGCACAACAAGCUGCGCGCGCGCUACGGCGUGCCGCCGAUGAAGUGGGACAACAAGCUGGCGCGCCACGCACGGCGGUGGUCCAACGCGAUGCGCAAGGACUGCGUGCUCAAGCACUCUGGCAGCAACUACGGCGAGAGCGUGUACGCGAGCAAGAACGGCUGGAACGCCACCGCCAAGGACGCCCUAUGGAGUUGGAGCGACGAGGAGCCCCUCUACGACAAGCUCACCGGCAACUGCACCGGCGGCCGCCACUUCCGGGAGUGCGGCCACUUCGCGCUCAUGGUCCGCGAGAAGAACCGGAAGAUCGGCUGCGGCCGCGCCGAGUGCUACAAAGGCGGCGUCUUCAUCACCUGCAACUACUACCUCCUCGACCACGACUGACUUUUGUGAUUCACAGCCCCAAGCUCAGGCCUUUGCUUGUACUACCUACCAAAAUUAAGCGAUCCUUUUCUUCCUUAGCCACGUACAAUUUACUUUACAUCACCAUCCUUUUCACCCAGUGAGCUGCUCUUCUUCGCCGCCUUUGCUUGCCUCCAACGGACAAGAUGAAGGUGGUUGUUUUUUUCUUCUCCCCUUUGGGACGAAUUAAGCAGAUUGUAUCUAGUUCACUCCCCUUGCUCUAGUUGCUAUGCUUCCUUCCGUGAUGCCAUGGCAUGGAGGAUUCAAAACUUUUAAUACCAGGGAAAAC